CUUUGUGAGCCGUAGCCUUAGCUGACGCGGUUUCCGCGAGGGAUUUCCUCAGACAGCUGCCUGCGGUGAUGCGGCACAGCGCCAGUCUGGUCACGGCCCGGCCCCCAGCCCCGCUGCGGGCACCGGGCACCUCCUCACUCCGUCGGCCCUGGCGGCCAGAGCGCCCGUCCCUGCUCCCAGAGACACAGGGACCCUGGGGCCAGGACACCAGAGGAAAAGGCGGCUUGGGGACAUCACUGCUGCCCGCUGCGGACUGGGCAGAUCGGAACGUGUCCAUUCUCUGUCCCUCUCGGGCUACCCCUGCCCGUCCCCCUGACCCUCUCGGCUCACCUCGGACCCUGCGGCCCUGAGGCGCCUCGAGGAGGGGGCGGCCCGCGUCCUGUCUUUGGGAGCGCAGCCAAGGGAACAGGCCGUGCUUCCCGCAGCGGGGGAGCAAGUUCCGAGAAGCGCCUCACCCGGCUCCUCGAGGUGGGAGGAGUCGCCGCCCUGCCCGGGGAGGGGCGGCCGAGCCGCUUCCCGGCACUGACCGGGGGGGCCGGCGCGUUCCGUCGUGCGGGGACCCGGCUGACGCGGCCGUGAGGGAGCUCCCGGCAGCUGCAGGACUUUGGGGAUUGUGUAACCAGCCUUUAGUUCUGAAGGAGAAAUUGUCUAUCUGGAGUUAUUUAUUUAAAAUAUUCACAGACUACCUACUUAAGGAAAUUUCAUUUUCUCAAAGCUCCAGUCUAACUAAAGCCCUCCAUAUAUACUGUCCUGGAUGUUGACAGAGGAGUCUGCUGGAUUCAUCAGUCAGGCUGUAGGUGGGGCAGAAAUCGCAAGUUUUAUGCAGGAAAAGGUAGACAAAUGAUGAAUCACUUCAUGAUCCUGGCAGUACUGCUCCCCCUGAGGACGUGCCACACUGCAUACUCACAGCAAGAAUCUGAUGUCUUUCCAGUAACGUACCUUAAUGUUUCCAAGGAUUUGGAUCUUCAGCGGCUGCUGGUGGAAUGGGAUGUUGUCAAGUCAGCGCAUGAUGCUGAACUGGCAAUAUCUUUUCAAAUACAAGUCUGUCAAACCGAUGGAUCUGUGUGGACAGAGUUUCAAAAUGUCACACUUGAUAAAUUGAGAAAGCCUCUUCAUUGGACAUGGGAUUCAUGGAAUUCAGACAUACCUUUGGAGUGUAUGUUACGUGCUGUGAGGAUCAGGAGCAAGGCAGAAACAUCAGAAGUCUGGAGUCAGUGGAGUUUGUGGGAGACUCUCCCGGGCCUGGACGCUUCAAAUAGAAGUGAGCCACAAAUCUUUCCAAAAGAAAAAAUUUUAGCAGAAGGCUCUAAUAUCACUCUUUGCUGCAUCGGAGGGAAAGGUCAAACCAUUAAGGAAUUCUCUGUAUACCCAACUGUUAAUGUUUUCAAGUCCACAAACAGUCCAGUCACACUUCUCACUGUGAGAAAUCUGUCGCAUGAUGGAGUGUCUAACAUUCAUGUCUACUGUUACGAUGAGAAUAAGCGGUCACAUCAAGCAGCUUUCUUUGUGGGUAAACCACCUGAUACACCUAAAGAUUUUUCCUGCCAAACUCAAGACAUGAAAAGAGUAACAUGUACUUGGAGAGAAGAAGAGACCUAUCUCUAUGGAAAUAAUUCACCACGAUACACCUUGUCUAAAACGUCAUCCCAGAAAACGGCUCUGUGCAAUGCAACUUGUUCUAAGCAGUGCUCAUGCUCUUGGGAUAUCGGCCAGCAGAGGAUCUGGAAUAUCACAGUGACUGUGGAAAACCCACUAGGAAAGAAAACUGCCACUGAUGUUUUUGAUGUAAAUCACAGAAUGUAUCCCACUGCACCUUUCCAGAUUUGGGAAGAUGGCACAGAUACAGAAAUGACAUUGCACUGGAAUUAUGAAAACAAUGAAGUUGAACUCUUUUGUCAGACUGAAGUGGUCCAACCUGAUGGCAAAGUAGAACUGCACAACAGCUCCGUCGUGGAUUCGCGGCGCAUCACGGUGCGUGGGCUGCAGCCGUACACGGAGUACACGGCCAGGGUGCGCUGUGGGGCGGCCAAGCACUUCUGGAGGUGGAGUGAGUGGAGCCAACCCCUGACCACCAGAACAAAGGAAGGAACUCCAUCAGGGAAACUGGACAUAUGGAGAGAAAUUACACCAGUUCUUGGGGGACGAAAUGUGACCUUGUUCUGGAAGCAAACACCAAGUUUUCAAGCAAAUGGAAAAAUUAUUUCAUAUGCAGUAACCUGGGAAAAAAUAGAAGAUGGCUCCCAGCUUGAAAGCAUCUCCUUUUCUUCAGUCUACAAUAGCACAAGGAUUUUCAUUGAUAACCAUUCCUACAGAAUUAGUGUCAUGGCAAGGAACAAUGUUAAUUUUUCACUUCCUUCAGUAUUGAUCAUCUCUAGAGCUACAGAUAACAGCACUGAAGAGCUUAACGAAGGACAGGUUAAUGGUACAGAUGAUGGCAUUUUUAUCUCCUGGGAGCCCAGAAGUAUAUAUAACAGUUACAUCAUUGAUUGGUGUAACUUUCCCAGGUUGCAGCCUUGUGAUUUGCAGUGGAAGAGAUUUGGACCCAACACUUCCAGUGCUGUGAUCAGCUCAGCUGCUUUUGUUCCGGGGGUGAGAUACAAAUUCCGCAUCUAUGGAUCUGUUGCGAAUAGAACCUCCUUACUGGAAAAGAAGAUUGGUUAUCUUAAGGAGCUGCCUCCUCGUCUUGACCCUAUUGUGAGAAAAGUUGACCUGACUUACAAUUCAGUAACACUGUCUUGGGAUUCUUAUCUCACAAAUGAGUCAGAGCCAGGUUUUGUAAGAGGCUACCAUGUUUAUGUGUCACCUAUACAAGGGAACUGCAAUUUGAAAGGAUCAAAAAAGCACAUUCUUUCAGAUGAAUCAGAGCUAUGUAAAUACACAAUUGAAAACACAGAAGAAAAGAGAUACACCGUGAAACACCUGAUGCCAAACACAAAAUACAAAAUAGUGGUUAAAGCAUUUACAGGUGGAGGAGAGACUCCCAUUGUUAACUUUAGAUACAUAGAUACACCAUAUAACUCAAACAUGCUGUACUUUAUAUUCCUGCUAGUGAUAGUUCCAAUCCUAGUAGCAGCUAUGUGCCACUGGAAGAUGAAGUGGGUGAGGGAGUGGUGCUGUCCUGUAAUACCUAGUCCUAACAAGAGCAAAGUGCUGUCAUUCAAAGAGUUUAAGAUGGAUUCUGAGAAAGUGCUGAAGAUAAAUGACUGCCUUCCUGACAUGCUAGCCAUGGACAGUAAUGCUGAAGCUCAUAAAUUGCAUCCUGUUACUUGGAGCCCGUUGUCUUCAACACCAACUGAAGCAAGGGACUUUCCACCCACACCUGCACCUCAAAUUCAUACUUGUUUUGAGAAUUUUGCUUAUUCUUCUCCACUUGAGGCUGAAUCUGAUCCCUACCAAAUACCAGAGACACUGGAAGCAGGCAAGACAAACCAGGCAGUGGUGCUGUACCGGCCACAAUGCUAUAUAGAUAUUUUUCAUGAGGAUGCAGCCUUAACCACUAGAGAAACAGGUGUGAGAAAGAACAGUCUGAAAUACAUCUCUCAAACAGAUGCGUGCUGGCUGGGGGGGAGGGAUUGAUGUUUUGUCCUCCAGUGAGUCCAUCCAGUGUUUGGCUACACACUAUAAAUGAGAAUUUCUAAAGCCACAACUUCUUGUGAUUAGGGCUCUCACAAACCCAGAUGCCUGACUUCCAUUAAUAAUGGCAAAGCUGUUGUUCCUGGACUAGUUUUGGAUACUGAUUUGCACAGGAAUCAUGUGUGUUAUGGUUCCAUUGCAACUUACGGGCAUUAGAUGAGAUUUAUAGGCUGGUUUGUGGCUUGUAUUAUGCAGCAAGUUACAUCACAGCAAUCUGUCACAGUCUGAUGCAGAGAACUGCUUUAUUUUGCAGAGAUUAAACUGUUCAUAAAGUAGAGGAGCAAAUAAAACAAGGGGGGAGGUUGUGCUGCUCAAGGAGUGUAUUUCUUUUGCAGUGUUCUGUGUACUCUGGCCACCCCAGCCAAUGGGUACUGUGCUGCUGGGCAUGGAGCAUUACCCCCAUUUUGGGGGUUGGGUUGUAUUUUCUGUCUCUCCAACGAUGUAAGGAAUCAUUGUAGAAGCAUUACCUGCACAUGGUGUGGCUCAUUCCUAGAAGAUUUGAAGGAACUUUGACUUCCCCAGGAAUGCUGCCCUGAGCACCCAAAUCCACUAAUCAUCCUUUUACUUCACCUGUGUCCUAACUACACUUGAUGUGUGAAAGAGCACAGAAAACAUUUUCUUAGGGAAGACCUUUGCUUCCAUUUCUUGUUACUGGGGCUCCUCACACCUCUGCCUUCUCUGCCUAAAGACCCUUCAAAAUUGUCUUAACUAUACAUUGAAGAGAUGUAGGGAGUUGGAUGGAAAGGAGUUAAUUUUCCAGAAGGACAGAGAUGGUUCCUCAUGGCAUGGUCUCUGCUGGUGCACAUGAACUGAACUUUUGGCAUUGAUCCCUGUACUUCCAUAGCAAGCCCCAAGCAACCAGGCAGGCUGGGAAGAAGCACAGGUGUAUGAAUCCCAUUUGUGAAAGACAUCAUAUUACGGCUGCAUACAUCUAGAUCUCCCAACACUAUUGCAUUUGUUAAAAAAACAAAACCAAAAAAAUACUUAUUGUUACACUCAGAAUCCCUACAGUAGACAGCAGUGAAUUUGGCCUUUCAUUUUGAUUCUAGGAAGUCCUACAUUUGUAAUGAAGCAGCAGAGUUGGAAUUGUGGCUGAAAGUCUUGUCAGAUUUACCUCAGUGCACAAGGAACCUUUGGUUUUACCUCCUUAUGCUGUUUGGAAUCUGUCACAAAGAGAUGGUUUCAACUUCAGAGCGCAGCAUAAGCAAUUCUCAAAGGUGAAACAAAUGAAGGGUGUCUGACAAUUUGAUGUUCAGCUUGUUUGCUAAAAUGCAGUUACUUGCCUUCCCUGCGCUUAACUAGCUAAUCACACUCCUAGAAACCAAGCCAGCUGCAGACAAAGUGAGUUCUGAUUCUGAACAACAUCUAGUUUUUACACUCUUGCUUACAGAUACUGUUGUAAUGUCACAAGCUGUGUUGCAACAGGAAAACCAGUAAGGCCUUGCACAGCCUGUGGGCUGAGACAAGCACUGCCUGCAAACAGAGGGAAAAGUCUUCAGCCAGGAAAAUGAGAGGUACAAAGAUACAGACACAGAGACGGGCAGACGUGGUUGGAGGCGUUCAGUCCGUACCAUGCCAGGUCCAUCCAUGUGCUGUGCACAAGUGCAGGUGGCUCACAGCCUUGAGAGGUAGAGAAGAGUUUGCAUCAUGGUCCUUCCUUUCAGCCUCCAGCCAGCCAAGUAAGGAAAUACGGCCGGGCACAUUCUGCUCAAGGGCAAGAGAGGGAGAAGGCUGAUUUGACAGAUACCAGGGAAACUUCCUUCCUUUAUCUUAGCCUCUUCUUUGAGUAACAAUACAUUUGAAAGCUUGAUACCACAGUAUCUUUACAGCUUGGAACAUUUGCUUCUCCACACUGUAUGUACUUGCGUAGCUUAAAAGCUUUACUACUGGAAAAAAGGCUGGUAAACGUAAGGGAGCUGCUUUUUCACAGCCAAUACAAAACUUCUGAGCUGUACAUUUCAGAAAAAGGUGUAUUUAUUUGAAAAUGUUGAAAAGGUAUCUUAAAUAAAGAGUUAUGUACUAAGGAAUUCAGAUAUAGAUACAAGAAAUCAGCAUAUCGUACAAAGCAUUUUGAAUUUUGACAUUGCUGAAGUUCCUCCUGCCAGGGGGACAGCUGCAACCUGGCACAACUCCCAGCUGUGAAAAAGCUGCUGUCACUGGGACCAGGCUGCAGUAAUUCCACCCAGGCAGUGAAUGAAGAGGUUUGUGGGUUCAACCAGUUGUGCCUUCCUGAUGGUGGGGUGAGACACACGGGCCGGGCUGAGGUCUCACCUCUCAAUCCCCUGGCCGUUCCCGGGGAGAUCCUCCUGCUCUGAUGAAAUUCCAUUAUCCGGACGCAGUGACACACUUGACCACAUUCCAGAUCACUGGGUGAGGGAAGGAGAAGCUGGCUCCUCUUUCCCUAUAAACCCUUCUGCUUCCUGGCUCCGAUGGGUGGUGCUUUGUGGAACCUCCUGUGCAUAAAAAGUACACAAAUGGAGGAUUCCAGGAAGGAUAAUGCCUCUGUGCCAGUCUGGGCACAGCCUGAGCACCAGAACUGAAGAUUAGAGAAGUAUUUUGGCAUAUGUGGAGAAGUGUGUAUAAUUUUUAUAUAUUAAAACAUCUGUCUUGCAUUAAUGGUUGACUGAGUUCAAAACUGUAAUCCUCUCUUUUUUUUGUUCAUAAUGCAACUUUCACAGCUGUUGUUGAAAUGCUAAGACUUAAACCAUCACAUAAUUAACCAUCAUUCAGUAUGUUAAAUUUUUAAAAUAAAAAUGGUGUGUGAACUAUUAAAA